AUGACUUGGACCCUUCUCCACUCUGCAUGCGAGCACCUCGACGCCAAAAGCAUCUACGAUCGUUGUAAGUUGGGAACGAAUGAACCACUUGAACAUGACGACCACGGAUCCACACCUUUGCACAUUUUGGCCUGGGGCAAUCCUGAUCCACAACUACUACAAGCGCUAGUUGCUUCGUGCCCGGUGGCAGUUUCGGACAAGGACGUCCAUGGGGACACUGCCCUUCAUGUGGCUUGCAGCUUUCCAGAAACGACAGUAAAGGUUGUAAAAGUCCUCCUUGAUGCCUGUCCAACAUCGGUUAGCAUGACCAACAAAGAGGGGCUGAUGCCAUUGCAUAUGGCUUGUCGAUUUGCCCCCAACAACGAGGCCGUGAUUGGUUAUUUGAUUGAUGCCUAUCCAUGUGCUUUACGCUCCCGUAUCAAGAUGGGCUCUCCUGCCCCCUUCCGAAAGCGAACCAGCCUUCGCAACAAACCGGGAGAUCACUUUGUGUCGCGUGAAGUAGGUGCCACGGACUUUGUGGAGGCUCGAUUCCGAACCAUAACUGCUCAAGUGAGAGAUGGUGCCUACCCGCUUCACAUGGCAAUCAAAGCUGGUGCUCCUACAUCCGUCCUGGAGAUGAUGCUAAAGGAAGCUGACGAUGUGAUGUAUAUGAUGGACAAGUUCGGCCAGACACCACUGCAUGUUGCCAUGGCUACCCAAGCCGAAGAUGGAGUGAUCGAAAUGUUGGUUGAGAAUGGAGGGAUGAAGGCGGUUUUGGCGAAAGACAAAUCCGAGAAUCUACCCAUUCACCUCGCAGCAAUCCAUGGAUGCUCGGUGAGAGCUGCCAAGGGAUUGCUUCAAAAGUGCUUGCCUUCCAUUCACGAAAAGAACGCCGCCGGGCUGACUAUCAUGGAUCUUGCCCUCGAGUCUGGAAAAUGUGGUGAAGAUGUUCUUCGUUUGUUUGAGAUUACCAAGGAUGAAACUCAGGAGGAGGAUGAAAAGAAAGAGUGA